AGAGCGCAGCGCGCAGCCACAACCCAGAGGUACCCACCGACGGGCGCAGGACACGAGCGGGGUCGGGAGGCGCACUCCGGACACAGCGAGCCGAUCCGGGCGGCGUCUCCGGGCUGCCGCACGGACUGACCGGCGCCCUCCCCGCGUCCCUGCUCCCACGCCGCGCCCCUCCGGCCAGCAUGAGGCUCCUGACGGCCGCGCUGCUCCUGCUGAUCCUGGCGCUGUGCGCCGCGCGCGUGGACGGGUCCAAAUGCAAGUGCUCCCGGAAGGGACCCAAGAUCCGCUACAGCGACGUGAAGAAGCUGGAAAUGAAGCCAAAGUACCCGCACUGCGAGGAGAAGAUGGUUAUCAUCACCACUAAGAGUGUGUCCAGGUACCGGGGUCAGGAGCACUGCCUGCACCCCAAACUGCAGAGCACCAAGCGGUUCAUCAAAUGGUACAACGCAUGGAAUGAGAAGCGCAGGGUCUACGAAGAAUAAGCUGAAAAAACAACCAUGAUAUGAAAACUCCAGACUGGUUGGGAGACUUGAAUACAGGACUUUGCAGAUU